AUGGCCACCGCGAGCAGGAGUCCUCCGAGGCCGCGGGCGUUGCUCUCUCCGCUGAGGCUGCUGCUACUGCUGGAAUGCUGUCUCCUCGCGGCCGCCCGGAAGGACAAGGGGGCGGCUGGUAGGGAGGCGGGCCGGGUCUCGGGCUCCACGGGCGGUUCCUCGGGUCGCUUCGUGAGCCCAGAGCAGCACGCGUGCAGCUGGCAGCUCUUGGUGCCGGCCCCGGGGACACCGACGGGCGGCGAGCUGGUCCUGAGCUGCCAGGCCCCGGGCGGGGCUCGCCUUCACUGCGCCUACCGCGGGCAUCCCGAGCGCUGCGCGACCUCGGGCGCCCGGCGCUCGCACUACUGGAAGCGGCUGCUGGGAGCACUGCGCAGGAGACCGCGACCCUGUCUAGACCCCGAGCCGCUGCCACCGCGCCUGUGCGCCCGCAAGAAGGUAGGCGCCGAGCUGCACCCGCCCGCGCGCCCCACCCUGUCCGCGCGUUCCGUCGAGCAGACCCGGGCCAGGGCGCGGAGCCAGGCUCGGCAGCGACAGCCGGUGUUGUCCCGGAGCUCGCCGCCGCCCAAGGAGAAGCCCUCGAGGACGAAGACCAGAGUGGGCAGGAGGAAGGUGGGCUUGGACCCGGUCCCAGAGCCUUCCGUAGUGGCCGGGCUCCAGCCAGACGGGCUGGAUCAGAAUGUCCAGCUCACUGAGACCUACUGCACGGAGAAGUGGCACUCCCUCUGCAACUUCUUCGUCAAUUUCUGGAAUGGCUGA